AUGGCGGAAGCCUCUUUCCAUGCCCCGAAGAGGAAAAGAAGAGUGUAUGAGAAUUACGAGUCUCCAUUUCCGAUCCCUUUUGGUCAGAAAGACUUCAGAAUAUUCCGUGCUGAAAUGAUAAACAACAAUGUGAUUGUGAGGAACGCAGAAGACAUUGAGCAGCUGUAUGGGAAAGGUUAUUUUGGAAAAGGAAUCCUGUCUAGAAGCCGGCCAAACUUCACAAUUUCAGAUCCCAAGCUGGUUGCUAAAUGGAAAGAUAUGAAGACAAAUAUGCCUAUAAUCACAUCAAAGAAGUAUCAGCGUAGUGUAGAAUGGGCCAAAGAGCUCAUACGAAGACAGGGGAAGGAUGAGAGCACAGUGCACAGAAUCCUUGAAGAUUACACAAAACCACUUGAGCAUCCUUGCCUAGAACAGAAUGAAGACGUUCCAUUGCAUGAUGAGAUGAACUCUGAAAUGGUUUCCAAAAUAGAAUCCAUAGCAGAUAGAACGAAACUUCCUGUGACGAACGGAGACUUGGGAAAGUCAGACGAUACGGAGGAUCCCAGCAAGCCAUCAGACCGCCUGCAGGACGGCUCUGGGCAUGACCCACUGGCUGCAAACGACUUCAAUAAACACUUAUCGGAGGUCACUGCACCUCUGUCCCACAUCCAUUGUAGCCAAAAAGAUGUUCUCUCCCAGUGUGGUGCUCGGGACAGCGGCCAGCGAGGGGGUCUCCUCUGUGCCAGAGAGGGAGGGCCUGCUGAUGAGUACGUGCUGGUGGAGGAAGUCGUGUGUGAUGUGAGCGAGAAGGAAGAUGCCCCACGUGAGAAAUCGGCACAAAAGAAGAGACUCGUCUGCAGAAGAAAUCCAUAUAGGAUCUUUGAGUAUCUGCAGCUCAGCCUAGAGGAGGCCUUCUUCCUGGUCUAUGCUCUGGGAUGUCUAAGUAUUUACUAUGAAAAGGAGCCUUUAACAAUUCUGAAACUCUGGAAAGUUUUCACAGUAGUUCAGCCCACAUUCAGGACUACCUAUAUGGCAUACCAUUACUUCCGAAGCAAGGGCUGGGUGCCCAAAGUGGGACUUAAGUACGGAACAGAUUUACUGCUGUAUCGAAAAGGACCUCCAUUUUACCAUGCAAGUUACUCUGUCAUUGUUGAGUUAGUCGAUGACCGUUUUGAGGGCUCUCUUCGAAGACCUUUCAGUUGGAAGUCACUGGCUACGUUGAGCAGAGUGUCAGUGAAUGUCUCCAAGGAACUCAUGCUGUGCUAUCUGAUUAAACCCUCUACCAUGACUGACAAAGAAAUGGAAUCCCCAGAAUGCAUGAAGAGAAUUAAAGUUCAGGAAGUGAUUCUGAGCCGCUGGGUUUCUUCACGAGAGAGGAGUGACCAAGAUGAACUCUAA